AUGGCCGGACCUAUGGCUGGACCCAUGGCCGGACCUAUGGCCGGACCUAUGGCUGGACCCAUGGCCGGACCUAUGGCCGGACCAAUGGCCUGGCCUAUGGCCGGACCCACGGCCGGACCUAUGGCCCGAAUGCCUAUGGCCGGAAUGCCGUUGGCCGGUGGUCAGAUGAAUGCGCGGCGCGGACCCUACGUUCAAAUGCCGACGCCGGGAUUGGCGCCGUCGGAAGUGCCGCAGUACCGGGGCUGCCCCGCGGGUCUGGAAUAUCUGAAGAAGAUCGACCAACUGCUUGUCCACCAGCAGGUGGACUUCCUGGAAACGUUCCUGCCGUACGAGAUGGCGAACAAAUACGUCGUGAAGAACAGCAUGAGCCAGUUCGUCUUCGCGGCGGCAGAGUACAGCAACGUCAUCUGUCGCCAAUUCAGCAAGAACCGGCCCUUCGUGAUGUCGCUGGUCGACUUCCACGUUGCGGCUUCACCGGCCAUUUCGCUGCGACUGCUGCCUCUGCUUUUGCUGCCUCCAGGCACGUAUAUAUUGUCCAUUGUAGCGUAA